AUGCAGGGCUAUUUUGCAGUAAAUCCGCCUCUUCUUCCAGCAGGUUGGCAAAUAGCAUACACCGCAAAUGGACAGCCUUAUUAUUUGGAUCAUAAUACUAAGACAACGCAUUGGAAUUUACCAGAAACUGUCGGCUAUUCGUUUGGCGGAUAUUAUGAUCCGGUGAUGGUAGCUGGUGGGAAUCGUGGCGGUCGUGGUGGCCGUGGUGGUCGUAAUGGUAUUGAUCAGGGGAAACGCAAAACUAAAAUGUGUAUUUAUUGGGAAAAGAAUGGAGAAUGCAGUUGGGGUGACAGAUGUGCUUUUGCGCAUGGGCCUGGUGAAUUACGGGCUUCUGUCGGACCGGAUUCUUCGCAAAUGCAACAGGUGGGACAUGAUGUUCCGCCCAUGGCAUAA